AUGGAAAUACAAAACCACUCCUCCCUGACACCACUUGUAGAUAGAAAUGGGGCGAUUGACUUUGAAAAAUCUGAUCUUCUGCCAAACCCUAACGUGACCUGUGACGUCAAACUUUUGCCAAGCCCUAACCUGACCCGUCUCGUCAUACUUCUGAUGGCUGUUCCCGUGUGUGUGGCUGGUUUCGGCGCCAAUGCGAUCAACCUGGUUGUGUUUUGGCACCAAGGUUUCCGGGAAAGUGUCAACGUCUCUCUGUUUUCAUUGGCCUUCUCCGAUAUGCUGAAUCUGAUGUUUUUGGUCGUCUACGCUUUGGUCUCCGCCGAUUUGGAGUUGGGCUAUCUACACGUUCCACCUGAAAUCUGGGUUACUUGUACAUGGAUCAUCUACAGUCUCACUCUAAACAGCUGCUGCACGGCUGUUUUCAUCUCGGUGGAGCGCUGUUUGUGUGCUACUUUGCCGUUCAAGGUAAAACAAAUCAUCACGCCUUGUCGGUCAGCCAUUACUAUGGCUGCCAUCUUUCUCGUCUGCGUAGCGGCAACUAUUUCCCCAGUCUUCUCUUUGUUUGGCAUGUCGUGGGAGAGAAAUCCUGGCACAAAUAAAAGUACCAUCGUAAUAAAUGUUCACUUCGGCAAUACAAGCCCUGUGGUUUAUAUCGUGACCAACAUCGUCUGUACAAGCCUGCAGGUGGCGUCGUUCAUCUGCCUACUCGUGUCCACCGGAACUCUGAUGCUCGCUCUGAGACGUAAAACAAAAUGGCGUCUGAAAAUGACGUAUAUGAUACCUCGUACGGUGACAAAUUCAAGAGAGACGCUGCCAAGUCUUGAGAAGCGAGCAGGGAAAAUGGUGGUCAUCGUGUCCGCUGUAUUCAUAGUUUGCUUUGCGCCAGCCCAAGCCAUCCCUAUUACUUAUUUGUCACUUCCAGAAUUUUAUUACGGGCGUCGCUAUGGUUACGCGUACGGCGUGUGUUGGGCGGUGUCCUACUUCCUGUACUCCGUCAACUCCAGCGUCAAUCUCAUCAUUUACUACAACAUGAGUUCUAGGUACAGGGACACUCUGGGCCGCCUCGUUAGACAAGACUUCAGCUGUUUACACAGCCGAAAAUAG